AUGCCGGAAGCUACUAAAGAAAGUCUCGUUUUAAAAUACACCAAAGUAGUUGAAGACGCUUAUCCACCAACAAAAGGAUCCGUAAAAGCUGCCGGGUACGAUCUGAAGAGUGCUUUGGAUAUAGUUGUACCAGCAAGGGGUAAAGCAUUGGUUGAUACUGGACUGAAGAUACAAUUGCCCCAAGGCUGUUAUGGAAGAAUUGCACCUAGAUCUGGACUGGCUGUAAAAAACUUCAUAGACGUCGGUGCGGGAGUCGUAGACGAGGAUUACAGAGGCAUCUUGAAAGUUGUUUUAUUUAAUCACUCCGAUGCAGAUUUCGAAGUCAAAAAGGGCGACCGUAUAGCUCAACUUAUCUGCGAAAAAAUUUACUAUCCUGAACUGGAAGAGGUGAAAGAACUGACUGAUACUGAACGAGGCGAAGGAGGAUUCGGUUCUACCGGAACAAAAUAA